AAAUGACUGAGGCUGCUGGGAAAACAUGGCGGCUUCCUUUUGUUGGUUGGGGAUUUCGUAUUUGUCAAAAGUGAUAGUUCGGGAUUAAAUAGCGUUGUAGCUCCAUCGCAGACACCUUUUUUUUUAUAUAUUUUAUUUUAUUUCUUUAAAUACGUCGACAAAAGGCAAGAGAAAAACAUGGAGAAGACCGGAAGCAUCGACAGUUUGGGGUCGAAGCAAUCUUCCCGACAUCCGAGUGUUGAUUCAUUGUCCAGCGGUGAGCGUUCGACGCAAGUGAAAGCUCCUUCUUGCGUGCAGUCCGAGAUGACCACCUCAGCGGAGUUUUCCCCAGAGAUCAGGGUCAAGCCCAAAACUCCGGCAAAGGUUUUUCGAGAUUCUGACAAAGAGGAGCCGCAGUUACUUCCAAAUGAAGUUGUGCAAGAUAUGGCUCAAGACGUCACCUAUUUCUGUCCAUUUACCGGAGCGUUACGUGGAACAGUGACAGUUAGCAACUACAGACUCUUCUUCAAAUGCAUGGACAGGGAGCCCUCUUUUGUGCUGGACCUGCCCCUCGGGGUCGUGAGUCGCGUGGAGAAGAUCGGCAGCGCGUCGAGCCGCGGCGAUGCGUCCUACGGCCUCGUCUGCAAGGAUAUGCGAAACCUGCGGUUUGCGCACAAACAAAUGGAUGACACCCUCAGGAAGUCCGUUUUCGAAGUGUUGAUGAAAUUUGCGUUUCCUGUCUCCAACGGGUUGCAAAUAUUUGCUUUCGAGUACGGACAAGUGUUUCCUGAGAAUGGAUGGAAGGUGUAUGACGCGGUCUCUGAAUACAAAAGACAGGGCAUUCCCAAUGAAAGUUGGAGGAUUACAAAGGUAAACGAUCACUACGAACUGUGCGACACGUACCCGUCGACGAUGGCGGUUCCGGUCCACAUCCCGGAUGAGGAGCUAAAGAGAGUGGCGGCCUUCCGGGCAAAGGGAAGGAUUCCCGUUCUGUCCUGGAUCCACCCGGAGAGCCAGGCCACAGUGACGCGUUGCAGUCAGCCCAUGGUCGGAGUGAAUGGGAAGCGAAGCAAAGAGGAUGAAAAAUACCUGCAGGCAAUCAUGGAUGCCAACGCCCAGUCACAUAAACUCUUCAUUUUUGAUGCCAGGCCCAGCGUCAACGCUGCGGCCAACAAGAUGAAAGGUGGCGGAUAUGAAAGCGAGGAUGCUUAUCAAAACGCCGAGUUGGUGUUCUUGGAUAUUCACAACAUCCACGUCAUGAGAGAGUCGCUGCGCAAGCUGAAGGACGUCGUCUACCCCAACAUUGAAGAUUCCCGCUGGCUUUCCAAUCUGGAGUCCACUCACUGGCUGGAGCACAUCAAGCUGAUCCUGGCUGGGGCGCUGCGUAUCGCAGACAAGGUGGAGUCCGGCAAAACGUCCGUGGUGGUCCACUGCAGCGACGGCUGGGACCGCACGGCCCAGCUCACCUCGCUGGCCAUGUUGAUGCUGGACGGUUACUACAGAACCAUUCGGGGCUUCCAGGUCUUGCUGGAGAAAGAAUGGCUGAGCUUCGGCCACCGCUUCCAGCUGCGUAUCGGCCACGGCGACAAGAACCACACGGACGCCGAUCGCUCGCCCGUUUUCAUUCAGUUUGUUGACUGCGUGUGGCAGUUGAGUCGCCAGUUUCCCGCAGCUUUUGAGUUUAACGAAUACUUCCUGGUGACCAUCUUGGACCAUCUGUACAGCUGCUUGUUUGGGACGUUCCUGUGUAACAGCGAACAGCAGAGGUUGAAGGAAGAGAUUCCAAAGAGGACCGUUUCCUUGUGGUCAUACGUUAACAGCCAGCUGGAGGAGUUCACCAACCCUUUGUACGUGAACUUCUCCAAUCACGUGCUGUUCCCGGUCGUGAGCUUACGCCACCUGGAGCUCUGGGUCGGCUACUACAUACGCUGGAACCCUCGCAUGAGGCCUCAGGAACCUGUUCAUCAGCGCCACAAGGAACUGCUGGCCAAGCGCGCCGAGCUGCAGAAGAGAGUCGACGAGCUGCAGCGAGAGGCCACCGACCGCUCGGCGUCCUCUUCCGCGGAGCGGGCGGGCUCUCCGACGCGGUCCAUCACCCCAGUGCAGACCUUCGUUUGACCGCCCCCGAACGGCCACCCGCCGUCUCGUACGUUUGUCACCGGGGCACGGCUUGCGAGGUCCUGCGAAGGCGACUUCCUCAGGCGGCGUGCGCGCAUCCGGCAGACUCGUGUAAAUACUAAACACCGUUUAUCGUAUCUUCUUGCCUUUUUAAUGUACUAAAAUGUUCCCCUCGUAAGAUAUUUAUACUCUGUACCAUACGUGUCAAAAUCAAGGCCCAGGGGGCAGAUUUUUUUUUUUUUUUUU